UCCCACCAACCAGAUGAAUAUAUUUCAGCAGCGUUUCUCAGGACAUUAGAAAACCUAAUCGUUUUUUAGGUUACUCAUCGUUGGGACUUUAACACGAAACAACGGUAGCUGCACUUAAAGACCCGAUUAACAUUGAACUAUUUGAACCCCGGACUGAUUUCAACGAAUAAUCGGGGGUGCAGCUGAUUUUGUUUUGAUGCUGUGGAGCGACUCGGUGCGAACUUCAGCUUCAAGCAUCAAGUUGCCACGAUACGAAUAAAGCUGCUUCUGGUUUCAGGGUUGUUUUUCAGUUUUAGGCAAUCGACGCAAUGUUAUUCUCUAGCUUUUGUUUUUAUUUCUAAUUUUUAAUACGAUAUAUAGAUUUUCUUUUUCAGCGAUUGGAAAUCGUGUUAUGUAGGCCUAUGGAUUGUUAUUAUGCUACCAGUAAGGGAUUAAUACCACACACUAGGCCCAUAUAAGAAUUGACCAGGAUUCCUGUGUGCCCUCGUGCCCAAUCUCCGUACACCUGCUGUCGCCACCGAAGGGACAUCCUGGAAGAAUGCCCAUCAUCAGCAACGCCAACAAUGACUUCAGCACCUACUCCAGCAGCAGUGAGGACAGCAGCCUGGACCGCUUCUUCACCGAGAUCCCAGAGACGGAGACCAUCAAGGGCGCGUACUUCCAGCGUGCCCGGCUGCUCCGUGCGCCCGAGGCAUGCCACGCCGUGGACCCCGCCCUGCAGGCGCUGGUCAACGUGGGGGGGAACCGCUACGCCUUCCCCUGGAGCACCCUGGAGCAGUUCCCCCACAGCAGGCUGGGCCGGCUGCGGCUGUGCACCAGCCCCGCGGAGAUAGCGUGCCUCUGCGACGACUACGACGACGCCCGCAAGGAGUUCUUCUUCGACCGCAACCCCACCGCCUUCCGGGUCGUCCUCAACUUCCUGGCCGCCGGCAAGCUGCGGCUGCUGCGGGAGCUGUGCGCCGUGGCGCUCCACGACGAGCUGGACUACUGGGGCGUGGAGCCCGGACACAUGGAGCGCUGCUGCCGGCGCCGCAUGACCACCCGGGUGGAGGAGGUGGCCGAGCGGGAGCGCAAGGAGGAGGAGUGGAGGCAGCGGAGGAGCGUGCUGAAGAAGGCGCUACCCCUAGAGGCCACGGGGGGCUACCAGAGAGCGAUAGGGGUGCUGCGGGAGGUCAUGGAGAACCCGCACUCGGGCCCCGCGGGCCAGGCGUUUGCGUGUUUCUCCGUCGUCAUGGUGGCCAUCACCGUGAUCAGUCUGUGCAUCAGCACCAUGCCUGAUCUCAGAGAGGAAGAAUCCAAGGGUGAAUGCUCCCAAAAGUGUCGGAACAUAUUUGUCGUCGAGUCCAUCUGCGUCGCCUGGUUCACCCUGGAGUUUGUGCUGCGGUUCUUCAACGCCCAGAGCAAGCUGGCCUUCCUGUGCAGCCCCCUCAACAUCAUCGACGCCAUCGCCAUCCUGCCAUACUACGUGAGCCUCGCCGUGGAGGUCCAGGAAGACACGCAUCUGGACGCCGGCAACGGUCGCGGUUACCUGGACAGACUGGGGCUGAUUCUGCGCCUGCUGCGGGCCCUGAGGAUCCUGUACGUCAUGCGGCUGGCCCGCCACUCCCUGGGCCUGCAGACUCUGGGCCUUACCAUGCAGCGCAGCAUGAGCGAGUUCGGCCUGCUCCUGCUGUUUGUCUGCGUGGCCGUGGCUCUCUUCUCCCCGCUGGUCCACCUUGCCGAGAGCGAGCUGGCCCCGCUUUCCGCCACCCCGCCCCACCAGAGCUUCAGCAGCAUCCCGGCGUCGUACUGGUGGGCCAUCAUCUCCAUGACGACAGUGGGCUACGGCGACAUGGUGCCGCACAGCAUCCCCGGACAGAUGGUGGCGCUAACUAGCAUCCUGAGCGGGAUCCUGAUCAUGGCGUUCCCGGCCACCUCCAUCUUUCACACCUUCUCCCGCUCCUACCAGGAGCUCAAGCAGGAGUACGAGCGCUUGUGGAAAGAGGAGAAGGGAGCGGAACUCAGUGCACAGACUGAAGACGAUUUGUCUAACAUUGAUUUUGGUCCUGGCCAUCUGAAGGCUCCGUCUGGAGAGGACGACAACAAUAUGAUGUCAGGAACAAUUCAGCAGGCAACUCUUCCAGCUACUGCAUUCUGAUUGAUCAGGAUAUACUGUAUAUAUACAGUAUGUUAGCCAUACUAAAGACAUCUAUGUAUCUAUCAUAGUUUCUAUGCCAUUUUUUCUCUAUGCAUGCAUGCAUGUAUAUAUAUAUAUAUUGUGUAUCUCUUUGUCAUUCUCAAAAGGCAUCAGGCUAGGUGUACUGCUGAACGUUUGUAACUUUACAGUGCUGAUAAUGAUACAUAUAUGCAUGACAGAUGACAUUCAUAUGAAAAUGAAAUAGCUUUAACUGUAGCUACAACUCAAGCCUCUAGAGAUUGCUAAUGGCAAAACCUACAAAGUAAAGGUUUAAUAAAACAAUAAAAAAAAGCCCACAAUAUAUAAUGUAUAGCUAAUCCCUUCUAUAUUCAUGAUUAUUGUUUCUAUAGACAGUAAUUCAGAUACCACAGAAAAUAUGUUUUUCUCCCUAAUAGAUGGUGUAUCCCCACAAUAUAACCUUACCAUGACAACAAUGCAUUCACAAUGCAUGAAAUGCAUCCGGCCCACCUUCAUUGUAAUAAACCGAGUGACCGGAUGGUGAAUUUGUCACCAUUGAGACAUUUGAGGAUGAAAAAAAUAACCCAAGAUGUCAAAGUCUUUUCAGAGAAGGGAUUUCCAUCUUUUGCAAGCCGAUGCGAGUCAUUGAUCUAUGUUUAUGUUUGUAUGUUGAAAUUGUUUGUUUAUUGCUGU